AUGGAUGACUUUCCUGCACUCGAAAAACCAUCUGGUUAUAGACUUUUGAUUGAAGAUUUCAACUUUUUGUAUUCUGAAAAAAAGGAAAGUCUUUUGGAAACAUUUCCAAUAUACAAACAAAAGAUUUUAGAGCUCGCAAAAAGUGUAUAAAAUAAAUGAAGAGAUAAUUCACUCAAAUGUAUUUUAAAAGAAUAUUUAGACCUAGCACCAGAAAGUGAAGAAGCUUCUUCUAUUGCUGCAUUUUUAGUCUUACCAUUUCUAUUCAGUGCAGUUCCAACAAAAAUAAAGAGAGGAAAGACUACAUGGAAAUCAUCUAAAACUGAAAUGAAGGAUGGGUUCAUCACUCAUAUCAAAUCUCAUUCCGAACUUCAAGCAACUAUAACUCGUAGAAAAGAUAAGUUUUUUCAACUUGGAUUAACAUUACAGCCAUUGGUUAUAAUAGUUGGGGAAAAUAUAAACGAAAUAACUCAGUAUUUUGUUUAUAUCAACGGCACGUACUAUGUAUUAAACUCUAUACUAUCUUCAGUGGACUGUUGUUUUAAAGCAAUACACGCCUUAAAUCUGGAGUAUCCACUGGAAAGCAUGCCGGUUUGGUCAUUUGUUCAAAAAGCUUUUUAUCAAAUAAAUACUGCAUGGGAUACAGAGUUUGUGUCAGUCAAUUCUCUGUUAAGCGAUAUUGGAAUGUACGGUACUGUUGUAACACCAUAG